UGUGCUCCUGACACAGCUGUACUCUUUAAACAUUUGUCGAACUAAAAUAAUCCAAUCCUAGAACAUCUGAGCAUUCUGAAACUAAUUAGUUGGAAUGAAUCUUAGUAACAGGAACUCUGCUUCCCUUCUGAUACACAGGACGGAAAAAUUGAGGACUUUCACAGCACUGGCAACACAAUGGAGAUUACAGGACUGAACCGAAAUGACAGUGGUGUUUAUGGCUGCAGAGUCCUGGACUUUGAGGUAGCAGAAGAAAUUUCCAGCAACAAGACGGUAACAGUCAAUUAUCUGGAUCCCAUCAUAUUGAAACCAAAAGGUCCAUACACUUUCACAGAGGGUGACACAAAUGUAAGCAUAUCUUGUGAAGUGGAGGCUUCACAACAGACAUCUGUGGUCUGGACAAAACCUAAGAAUACAGUCAGCUCUGGAAAUUUGCUCAAACUGCCGGUAGUCAGAUUUGAUGACGCUGGAAACUACAGCUGUAAAGUUGCAGUUCCAGGUGUUCCAAACCUAAACCGGCAGAAAAACAUCAGCAUUGUGGUCACAGGACCACCUCAAGUAAACUGUUUCAAGUGGACAUUCCAGAAAAAUGGACUCCAUGUGAACCUGACAUGUGUGUUCAAAGGUCAUCCAAUGCCAGAGGUUACAUGUAAUACAGAAAAGGAACCGACAUUAAGGUAUCAUAACCAAAAGAACUACGUUGUCAGUGAAUUGAUUCUACCACUCACAGCGGAGGAGCUGAAGUUGACAUGUCGUGGUACCAAUGUGUAUGGCAGCAUUUCUUACAACUCCACUGUGCAAGGAGAGUCAGUGGCGGUUUCCACGAGUGGACCCUCUGCUGUUGAUAUGUCUCGAGCGAAGAGAAGUGGUGGAGUGGUGAUUGUCGUCAUCAUCGUGUGCAUUCUACUUUUUGCCAUCCUGGGUGCUGUUCUCUAUUUCCUCUACAAAAAAGGAAAGAUACCCUGUGGCCGUUCAGGCAAACAAACCAUCUCACAACCUGAAACUCACGAGAACAUUGUGGUAGAAGCAAAGAAUGACCAGAAGGUUCCGGAGGAAACUGUGCUUCUGCAAGGAGUCAAUGGAGAGAAGAAGCCACCCAACUAUCAGUGAAGGGAGAGGCAGGAAGAUGCAGACCUGCAGAAUGAAGAGAAGUAAUCAGUGCUUCCAGCUUGUGCCUGACCGCACAGAUAUGACAGUAACGUGAAAUCUUCUUGCCUUUACAAAUGCUGCAUAUGCUCCUACACUGAAGCGAUUCCAACCAAUACUGGAGACUUUCCUUCACUGGAAACAGCGAAACACCUUUCCAAAAGGAACACAUGGCCUCUCAAUCUCCACUAUCGACCAGGGUCCUGAUGUUUUGUUUGACCUCUGUCAGUGGAAUCCGCCCUUGGAUACAAACAUCUGUACAUUAUUGCUUUGUCACACCAGCAGUUACAGAGUACAAAAACACCUGAUCACAACAGGUCUCCUUGAGAUAUUCAAAAAGAAAACGUGUUUACUUUUCUGCACAAUUCAUAUGAAUCCCGUCAGUUUAAACCAAUUGGAAAUUCUGGAUGAAUAAUGGGAAUAUAAAGAAAUAUCGAGAUUUGAAAUGCCUGCUCUUGAGAAGGUAAUUUUAGACCCCAUCCUGGAAGUCCAAUCUGUAACAGACAAACAUUUUCAUUUUCCACAUGACUCAUCAUGAGUUGAGUGAAUUAUUGUAAAAUUUAGUCAUUAGUUAAGAGAUUAAUGUUCAGAGAGAUGAAGUCAGUGCAUUUCUUUUUGUUUCAAAUCGAUAUUCCCAGUUCUGCAAACAAAUAACGAUAAAAGUACUUCUGUAGGAUCAUUAAUCAGUCCCUAGCAUAUCACUGCCAGGCUAAGUUACAAUGAUUCCAGUUGGUGACACAGAGCAAUAGGGACAGGUUUAUUGAUGGGAGAGGAUUUCUAGUUGACUAAUUAAUCCCACAUUGCUUUGUAGCAAGAAACUUUGACUUUAGAUCAGGAAUUCUUUUGCAUAUUUACAGGAUCUGAUUCUGUUCCACAGGGAAGGGCUUUCUGUCAGAAUAUCAAUGACUCAUUGAGUCUGACGUUUACUGUCCAAAGAUUUCAAACUAAGUCCACUUUGGUGGGAUUCUUCCACAGCUUCGUACCCAUCCGGCUUUUCCUCCAAAUUGAAAUUCUGUGUAUUAUGAUCUGAGAUUUGAUUGAAGUACAGAAUUGAAAUGAGAAUGAUCUCAUCACCAUCUUCAUUGUCACAAACACAGAUCAUCAACUAAUGUCUUCACUAGCACAGGGCCCAUGUUUCUGUUGAUUGGUUGAUCUUACAUUUCUGUGAAUUGAAAGGUCUAUGUUUCUACACAUCCAGGGUCUGUAACCCAUUGUCACUUCACAUACUUCCUUCAAUCAUAAGCUGCUUAUUAAUUGAAACAUUUAAUUUUUAACAAGUGAACUUUUACUCUUGGAUAGGACUCUGAAUUUUAUUUUUGUACAUGUUACAGUAAGUUUGAUGGGCAGAAUGCAGCUGUCUGACGCAGCGGUGCAAGAAUAGCUGGAAGGUGUCUUCGCUAUAAAUGAGCAGAAGAUGUGCAGUAGAACGUAGGGCUCUCAUUAUUAUAAACUUGCAGGACACAUUCUUGUAGACCAUGUAGUUCAGCCGAGGACAAGUUAGCAGUUCCUGUCCAUUUGUUUGGAGGGCCCACACUUCAUGUGCAUUGUGUUCCCAGCUUAGCUUGUGAAGAGUUUGUUGUAUAUAGAUUAACAAGAAUAAACUUUAGCGAAUCCUCUUGUUGCCUUUUGUAGGCCAGGUCUUUGGUAGUCAGCAACACUGAAAGCAGUAACUUGGACUUCACCGCUUAAACAAUAGUUGGGCGUGUGUUAUAUUCUCCAAACACUGACUAUCUUUCGGCUCCCUUUGACGAGAGAGGCAAUGUUACAAAUCUGCAGCUGAUCACAGCCUCACUCUGAGUGGCCCUGAGAGGAAAUCAAAUAUUAUCACCUGGUGCACAGGGGAAUGCUGCAUAGGAUUCGGCAGUCAGAGGUCAACUGUGCAUAGUUAACUGCCAGGACUAUUUGGUGAAGAUAGGUUAUCAGGGGGCAUGCGUAUGUGUCAGGAGAAGGAAGAGCUGAAGAGUUUCAUUGAAAAGUUUUUUUUUCCGAAAGCUGAAUGUUUUUCAACUCUCCCACUGUUGGUUUGCCCAGUUGACAAUCCAGUACUGUUGAACUCUAGUAGACAGAACACUAGUGAUCAGAACACUCUGUAGGUCAGAUGAUCCUAGUCAAACUUGGAGAGGAGUUAUGGUGUAAUUUUUGACACUGACCACAGCUCAUGAAGACCUGACCUGCAUUCGCCACCCAUUAGACUGCACUUCACUUCCUGCCCAGUACCUGCAAAAUGUCAUGCAAUGAUAACUCUGAACGGGUUCUUCAUGGUCACUCCAUCAAUGGAGAAACUUCUUUGAAGCUCAUCUAUGAGAUGCAAUCUAUCCCUCUAUGCAUCCAGUCAGACUGAUAAGAGUUCCAUUCUGGAUUUGAAAAGUUAAGGAAAAAUAUAGGAGCAAUAUAGAGAGAUGCUCUUUUGAGUACUGUGUCAUCAUUACACAGCCACAAUGCAGCUCCCUCUAUCUGACUCAUUCACAAUGGAACCUGUAAAAAUGUUAACACAUUCUAUGCCUCGCUUUGUUAACCUGCUCUUGUUUGUUACUUGUGUUGAAACUUCCAUAAUAUUGCUUAGACACUGAAGCUGCAUCUAUGUAUAAGUAGUUAAAAUUAUAUUGGAUCAGUUUAAACUGCUGCAAAGAAAUAACAGAUUCACAGAGGUUCUUUAGAAGUAAAAGGAUUGCUCCUGAAUGAUUAAUUUUUGGGGCUGUUCUGGGUAUGUGGGUAUUAUUCAAUCUUGGAGUCUAUGAAGCAACUCAGUUUCUUUUCUUGGGCAGCUGGCUGUCACAAUGAAUGAGGCAUCCUCACCAUGUUUAAGACGCUGCAAACCACAUUACCGAGAAUCCCCCACAGACAGUCGUUUGCCUGAAGUGGCUUUUAUCAUCUCUUCCUGAGAACCUUCAGCGGAGGAUGGUGGAACCAAAACUCAGGAAACUACAGGUGAUAGUAGAAUUUAAUCAUCCAACCAGGACAACACGUUCUGCAAGAACCACCCAGUUAUUAUAGACUCAAAUGUUUAUAUAGCUGAGUGCAAAGAACAUCACUAGAUUCCAUGACUGGGGUAGAAGAAUAAGGUCAAGUCACUGGACGGCACAGUGGCACAGCAAUUAGGGCUGCUGCCUCACAGCACCAGCGAACAGGGUUCAAUCCAGACCUCCAGUGCUGUCUGUGUGGAGUUUGCACGUUCUCCCUGUGACAGCAAAGGUUUCCUCCCACAUCCCAAAAAACGUGCAGGUUGGUAGGUUAAUUGGCCACUGUAAAUUGUCUCUAACAUGUAGAUAAGUGGUAGAAUCUGGGGAGAAUAAAAUGGGUUAGGGUAGGAUUAGUGUAAAAAUGGGAGUUUGAUGGUUGGCGUAGACUUGGUGGGCCGAAGGGCCUGUUUUUGAGCUGUAUCUUUCCAUGACUCUACGUAGAAUCAUUUAAUUUUUGGUUAGUACUGAACACAACAAGGCAAGUAUAUCAUUGGGUUUGGGGUAAACUGUUCUCCACAAUUGGGAGUUACAAAGUCACCAUCCGUCAACGAGUGGACGUGUGCAAGUUCCUCUGCACUGUGUUUUAUAAGGCUUCUCUGCACGUAUGGAACUUGCGUUUGGGAUCAAACACACAACUGAGAUUUACAUCCACUGCAACUGUAAAAAUUGUUUGUUUUAUUAUGUGAUGAAGAAAAUGCCAAAUAAAAAUAUUGUUGCAAAUUUCCAAUAUAAUUUGUAGCAUUCUGCAAUCUAAUAGAACAUUCCUUUGGAUAAAAUAAACCCAGAGA